UUUUCAGGAGUAGGUCGAGCUGAAAUACGAACUAUUCUAAACAUAGACAAAAGUAAUCAUCGCCGAAAUGCUAAGUUUCUUAAUAAGGCGAAACUGACACCUAUCAGAGCCAGAGACGUUCAUGUCAGGCACCAAAUAGAUUUGAUGGAUACGAGCAGAAAAGGAUAUGAUCUUCAAAAGAUAGGUCAGGACGGUGUGAAGAGGGCGAAACAGCUCCCUCUUUAUCAGAGAAUUCUAAAUAACGACCCCAGGGAGGUGAUAGCUUACAAAACACCAUUUGAAAUAUACUUUGUACGAAAUUAUAACGCCUUCAGAGAGAGCAGAUUACAAGAAGAAAUCCUUCCUAGUGCUGGGAGGGUUCGCCCAACUAAGAAUUACAAUCCUUUUAGAGGUGGCGAUUGCCAAUUUGCUGCACUACUGCACCAGGCAAAGAGAAUGGACAUUUUAAGAUCUCCUGAAACCAUGAGGAAAGAAAUAGUAGAGUACUUAAAAAGUAAUCCGUUCGAUAGCAAUGGCUUCCCUCUUUUGGAGCAUUUGGCAAAUGAUGAGGUCGCUUGCUGAGUAUAUAACUCAUAUGGCGCACGAUGGGACCUAUGGGGAUCAGAUUACGCUGUAUGCAGCAGCAAACUUGUAUAACAUCGACAUCCAAAUAGUUUCCUCUCUAAGAGUUGGUGGGGAGCAUGCGUUCAAUCCGUCAGCAAGUGUUUCAGCAGCUACCGUGUACCCUGGACAUUUUGCUGAGAACCAAGGCGAAUGA